AUGAUAAUUUUUUCAGAAAGUUUCGAAUCACAUACUAUUUUCAAAUGUUUCGUUAACCAGACGAAUCCUAACACUUUUUCUUCGUUUUUAGGCUGUGAAUCUAGUUCUAACCUAUGUAGUUUCUUCUUCCAAUUUUCAAACACUUCAGUAUUUUCAGACGCUAUGCCUCCAUCAACCACCUCUACCUCAAAUCCUCAACCCGAACCCCCCAAAAAUCCACAUCAAGCACCACCACAACAUCAGCAAGCUCCACCAUAUCCUCCAGUCGAGGUGGAACGAUUUCUAAACUUCCAAAAUCUCAAAGCUGGUCGUCUCCAUCUUCUAAACCUCAUAGAAUCGAAUGAAAACGAAGAGGAACUCAUGCUCAAAUUCCAGGAGUAUUUGAGAAAUCCAUUGGUCGCACAGGUCCACGAGGCACAUUGUGAGCAACUUGGUCUGUCAACGUCGUAUUUCCAAAGCCCAGGUCCAAGUACAUCUGGGACACUUUCUUCUGGCCAACCUACCCCUGCUCCUCCAGCUGUGCCGAAAGGAAACGCUACAAAAGUCAUAACAAUUCUUCUGGAACGCCUGGAAAACAUCGGAAAAUGGAAGGUGGAAUUGAUGACCGAUACGCUGAUCGCUAAUAUACAAAAUGCCACUACCAUAGAGGUGGAGAGCCUUUGGUAUGCUACGGCUUUCAGAAAAAAUGGAGAUACACCAUCCGUCGACGUUGGAGAUCGCCGCCCGGACUCCGACAGACAACGCGCGACUCCGGAAGAUUUGAUAAGUGCGCAGAAGUUUUUCGAUGCGGUUCAUUCGGUAUUGCAUAAAGAAAUCAAUCGAAGACAAUGGUUUAUUCCGAGGUCUUCCACCGCAGCUCAAGCUGAAGUGCGCACGUCUCCUAGACGUCCGUCGAUCACAGAAAUCAUUUCAAUGGCCCAACAUUUUGCGCCUGAUGAUUACAAUGAAGGAUACGAGUUUUUGAAAGAUCCAAACUCUGGAGACGUAGCUGAAGCAGCUGAAGUUGAAGGUCAAGGCGCUGUGAGCCCAAACAUGGACGUAGAUGACGAAGGAGAACACGAAUUCGUUGAAGAUCCAAACUCUGAAGGCGAAGAUCGUGAAGAUGAAGAUGAGGAGGAGGCCCCACAGCGAGGCCAACAGUGGUGGCCUGAUGAUCAUGACUCCGAUCGUUCCACAGUCCUCGGGAAUGGACUGGAUGAUAGAAGUGCUGCUGUGAGCCCAGACAUUGACCUGGACGACGACUUCUUUGAAGAUCCAGACGCUGGAAUUGCUGCUGAAGAUGAAGAUGAAAACGAAGUGAACGCACCAGAACAGUAUCCCAACGAUGAAGGGGAUGCUCCAGAAGCAUCUUUCAACCCUAAUGAUCUGCGAAGAUCUAUUGAUUCGGAAGGAAUGAAUGAAAAUCCAAGAGGAUCCAGUAUGUUGGAGGAAGACGCCGUUGGAUCUUCAAGACCAGCUGGAACAUCUCGAUCCUACGAUCCACAUCAGAAUGACAGAGAAGACAACGUUGCUGAUCAGGAGGCAGAAGGCAUCCCUAGAGAAGUUUACAAACCGAUUAGUGAGGCAAACCAUGUGGAAAAUGAAGACCGAGAUGAGGAUCCAGCUGAAGCUUCUUACUAUGUCAUCUCGAAUGUUCGAGAGGUUGAAGAGGAAGAUCUAGAGGAAGGGCUAGAAGAACCAGAAGAAGACUACCAAACAAAGAACCAGAAGACUACCAACUCUGCUGCCACUCCUGAGACUUCAGAAAAAUUGGAUGGAAGCGAAGGUGGUUCUAAUGAUAUUGAAAGCUACAAAAGUACAUUGGAAGCUACAAAAGUAUCUAGAAACAGCGAAGCGAAUCAGAAUGAAGUGACAGGAGGUGUUCCAGAAGAAGCUCUUGACCGUGGAAAUGUUGAUGAGAAUCACCAAAAUUCAUUCGGAUCGGAACAUGUUCAUCUGGAGGUCGACGUUGAUGGACAUGACGACGAGGAGGAAGAAGAUAUAUCACAAGAAGCAGUCAUCUCUCCACCGGCUCCUCAGCAACCGCAACCAUCAACUCAUGAAGAUCAAUGCCUUCCAUCAACAUCGUCAUCAACGUCGUCCACCCACCAGCAAAUCCCCUCCGGACAACCUACGGAUGCUCCUCAACAACCCUUACACGUGCCGGACACCCCCACAGAAAUCAACAGGGCUCUUCUGCAAUACACUAACAACGUGGGACAAUUGAUACUGCAAGAAAUGACCGCGAGGCUGCUCGAGGAUAUACCACUGGCGGACACUGAGGAGUUGAAAAAUCUUUGUUCUAUUGCAGACUCGAGAAAGCAAGGUUGUCCUGCACCUCAUUACUUCUUAGAACGCGAGCCCUACGACCAACUUCCCAUGUCAAAGGAUGAUCUGGAGCGUGCUGAGGAGUUUUAUGAAGUGGUCCUGUCGGCAGUACAUCCGGAACUGAUUCGAAGACAAUCUUAUGUUCUGACGUCUUCCACCUCAGCUACCAAUGGCGUGCAAGAAGAGGUGGAACAGGAAGAAGGCGAGCAUCUGCCAGAGCAUGAGAUGGUUGUUGAAGACAUUAAUGAUCAUGAUGACGAGGAUCAAGCAGGCCCCUGCGAACAAGCUCGCGAUAGCUUGGAAGCUCUAAAGACUCACAAUGGAUAUGAUGAUCAACAAGAGAUGGAAAUCGACGCUAGAGAAGGAGAGCAAUCUGCAGAGGAUCCAGAAAGUUCUGGAGGAAGCGAAGAUGGUUCUGGUGAUGUCAACCAAGAUCAAGGAAUUCGGGAUGCUCCAGAAGAAGCUCUAAGCUCUGCGAUCGAUUCGGAAAGUAUCAUGUUUGUAGCCCCUGAGGUCGUAGAUCAAAUCAGUCAAGCUCAAGAAGAUGACGACGUUAUUGGUGCUUCUUCAUCUCCAGCUCUUAGAGAAUAUGAAAGAGAUGGCGUGCAAGGCAGAGUCCCGUCCGAAUACGAUGAAGAUGAGUACGAUUUCGAAACUGGAUUUAGGGAGCCAUCGACGUCUUCAAUACACCAUCGACGUCUUCAAUCUCCAUACGCAGCUGUGAGAGAUGCAGAAGGAAAAGAAGACGAUGACCAUGAUAACCAGGUCCACCCUGGACCACCUGCUUCAUCCUAUUCAGAUCAGCACCAUCGAGAAUAUGAAGGAGACUCGGAAGACAACAUCCCGUACGAAUACGAUGAAGAUGAGUACGAUUUCGAAACUGGAUUUAGGGAGCGAUCAACAUCUUCAAGACCAGCUCGUCCUUCUCGAUCCGAUGCUCCACGUCAGGAUCAUCGAGAAGACGACGUUCCUGAACAGAUAUUCGAAUUGGAUCCUUAUGCUUUUCGAGCGGACAACGAAGAGAAUUUCCUGGAACACGAAUACCGAUUCGAUUGGUAUAGUUUCGAAGCGGGCUUUAAUGAGCCACCGACGUCUUCCAGAUCCUAUGAUCCACAUCAGGAUUAUCAAGAAGACAACCAUUCUGAAGAUAAAACUGUGAGAGAUGACGAAAAUGAAGAAGAAGAUGAAGGUCAUCGGAAAGCUAGGAAUCCGGAGGUGGGAAGGUUGAUUCGAGUUGACCAAAACGAGGAGCUGUUCAUCCAAGUAAACAACUUUAAAGGAUCAGGAAAUGAUGCGUAUGGCCUUAGGGAGAACGGAAAUGAAGAUCGGGAGCCAGGCCCACCCAGGAGAUUCAGAAGAGGAUCUGAAGACAGACAAGAAGAUAAGGACGAAGAUGAAUAUGAUGCUCGAGUUUGGAAUUUCGAAGAUGAGCAGGAGGUCAUGAGGGUUAUACGGGAACUGGAGGAGGAGGAGCGACGAGGUAAUGAUAUGUCUGGAUGCCUUCCCGUAGAGGACAUUUAUGAAAGUCUGGAGGAUGACCUGACCAGAAAUGUAGAGGAUUCUUCGGUCGAGAUUGGAGAAGAGGAACAGGAGACAUCCGUCGGGGAAGAUCGGAAUCAACAAUCCCGAACACUUUCUGCAGUGAGUUUUAUAGGAAAUGUGGAGGAUGCUCCAGGCGAGAAUGGAGAGAAGGAGGAGGCUGAAGAUCAUCAGAGAUCAUCCAGAAAAGGCAAGAGACCAGCCACCAACCAGCCAAAGGGAAAAAGGAACCCUCCAAAAAAGAGAAAGACCGAAAAUUCGAGCAAUAAUGAUAAUGAACCGGUCAGAAGAGAAACCGAGGCAGAAAAAGAAAUAGGAGACGUCGAAGAAGUGCAGGAGGAGCCCCAACCAUCCAGAAGAAGCAGGAGACCAUUCACCAACCAGCCAAAGGGAAGAAGGAAUCCUCAGGAAAAGAGAAAGAUCGAAAAAUCGAGAAACAAUCCAGAAAACACCUCCGAGCUCCUCCCUUUUUCCGAACGUUGGAAUAGAUCGGAGAAUUUACCCGCUUCAUCACGCCAUCAAUAUCCAGAACCUCAUCCAUUCAAAAGAAAAAAUUGA